AUGCUUGCAAGAGUAACGGAGGAAGAAAAAGAAAAAAUCAGGGAGAAGGCACUCAAGGAAGAGAGGAACGAAGAAGCUAAGAAGCUCAGGCGGGAGCAGCAAAAAUUAGCAUCCCAUAGCAGAUUCAAGGGAGACUAUGGCGUCAAAACCGACGAGUCCAUGGUCAAAUGGAUCCUGGGGAAGUCUGACAAAGAGCGAAGCCAGCAAGAAUUGUCAAGACGAGCUGCUAUCUUGCAAAAAUCAAUAUCGAAGAACAUCAAUAUGCGCAAAGAUAGGGAAAAACAGAUUGAGAGUGAGGCCGCAAUAGAGAGACAACUAAGGUCAUUUGAUGAACACCUCAAGGAGAACAAUCAGCUGCUAAAACAGGAAGUGCUGGCGCUCAAUAACCAAGCAAAGCGAUCGAAAGCGUUGAGACGUCAUCGAAAAUUAGGGCCCGGAGGAGAGACUGGCCUCGCCCACGACCUCUCGAAAGUUGGCGUUGUCGUGGACUCUUGGGGACCCAUCACUUCGGAUGUCAGCACAAAGCCAGAUCCGCGGGAUAAUUUUGCGAAGCGUCCUGGCUCACACGAGCAGCUGAGCGAGAAUGAGCUUGAGAAGGACCUGGGGUUCAAGGUGAUGCAGGAGUACUUCUAG